UUGCAGUGCCUGGUCGUUGCCUUACUGCCAGAACAUCUACGAUGGAGGUGGUAUCAGCAGAGGUGAACAGCUUACUCCCUGAGGAGAUAAUGGACACUGGUAUAACUCUGAUGGAAGACGAUAGCAUUGAGGCUGUUAUUGUGGCGUCACCUAUGGGAGAUGCUAUUCCUAUGGAAACAGAACUGGAAGAAAUAGUGAACAUAAGCUCAGCCAGUGACUCUGCAACUACAAUCACAGCCGCCACAGAACCAGCUACCGUGCCCAGCAAUCACUCAAGCCAAGUUACAGUGAAUACCACAAUUACAAAAACUGACACUAAUGCAACAGUAAAACCUACCUUGCAAAGUGGCCUCCAUAAACUUGGUGCUCAGACUCCUGUCACUAUCUCAGCCAAUCAGAUUAUUCUGAACAAGGCCACUGAUCUUAAACUUGGCAACCAAACUAUUAAACAAGAAGGGCAAAAGCUAAUUGUGACAACUUUGGGAAAGGCUGGCCAGCCAAUUGUCUUAGCACUACCCCACAACCAACUACCCCAGACGCAGAAGGCCACAAUUCAGGCUCAGGCAGGAGACCCCAAGGUACCAGCCCAGCAGAUCAAAGUGGUUACUAUUGGAGGGAGGCCAGAGAUGAAGCCUGUCGUUGGUGUCUCCUCUUUGACGCCGGGAAGUCAGCUGAUAAAUACUGCAGCCCAGUCUUCUGUAUUACAGACCCAGCAGUUAAAAACAGUACAGAUUGCUAAGAAGACCCGAACACCAACUUCUGGCCCAGUAAUCACCAAGCUGAUCUUUGCAAAACCAAUUAAUAGCAAAGCGGUUACAGGACAGACUACUCAAGUGUCGCCAGUCAUUGCAGGUAGGGUUCUUUCACAGACUGCUCCGGGAACGCCACCAAAGACCAUAACCAUCUCUGAGAGUGGAGUUAUUGGGCCUUCUUUAGGUUCUACAACGCAACAGACACCGAAUAAAAUAGCUAUCUCCCCGCUGAAGUCCCCUAAUAAGCAGCUGACAGUGGUGUCAGUGGCCUCGCAGCCUCCUAACUCCCCUCAGAAGACGGUUGGUGUUCCUCUGAAUGUAGCCUUAGGACAGCAGAUCCUCACAGUGCAGCAGUCAGCACCCUCUUCCCCUGGCAAGGCCAUAGUCAACCAUACAACUGCUCAGGCUGUGAAGUCAGCAGUACAGACCAUCACUGUGGGAGGAGUGAGUACAUCUCAAUUUAAGACCAUAAUUCCCUUGGCAACGGCCCCCAAUGUUCAGCAGAUUCAGGUACCUGGAAGCAAAUUCCAUUAUGUCAGACUUGUUACGGCCACAACAGCCAACAGUUCAACCCAGUCAGCCAGUCAGAAUCCUAGUACCAACACACAGCCUCUUCAGCAAGGUAAGCCAGUGGUGGUGAAUGCAACUCCAGUGCGGAUGUCUGUCCCAAUAGUACCAGCUCAGACUGUCAAACAGGUGGUGCCCAAACCAAUCAACCCAACUUCACAGAUAGUUACUACUAGUCAGCCACAACAGAGACUUAUUAUGCCAGCUACUCCACUGCCACAGAUACAGCCAAACCUCACUAACCUCCCGCCGGGCACUGUGCUGGCGCCAGCACCUGGCACAGGAAACGUAGGCUAUGCAGUUCUUCCAGCUCAAUACGUCACUCAGCUACAGCAGUCAUCAUACGUAUCUAUAGCAAGCAACACUGGUUUUACUGGGACAUCUAAUAUCCAGACCCAAGCAAGGCUUCCGUUCAAUGGAAUUAUGCCAUCCGAACCUGCAAACCGUCCCAGGAAGCCAUGCAAUUGUACAAAAUCGCUGUGUUUGAAAUUGUAUUGUGAUUGUUUUGCAAAUGGUGAAUUCUGCAAUAACUGCAACUGUACCAAUUGUUAUAACAACCUGGACCAUGAAAAUGAUAGGCAAAAAGCAAUAAAGGCCUGCCUUGAUAGAAACCCUGAAGCCUUCAAGCCCAAAAUAGGGAAAGGAAAGGAAGGGGAAUCAGACCGACGGCACAGCAAAGGCUGCAACUGCAAACGAUCGGGAUGUCUCAAAAACUAUUGUGAAUGCUAUGAGGCAAAAAUCAUGUGUUCCUCAAUAUGUAAAUGUAUUGGCUGUAAAAACUUUGAAGAAAGCCCAGAACGAAAGACUCUGAUGCACUUAGCAGAUGCAGCAGAAGUAAGAGUCCAGCAACAGACAGCUGCAAAGACAAAGUUAUCCUCACAAAUCUCAGACCUGUUAACGAGGCCAACCCCAGCACUGACUAGUGGAGGGGGCAAAUUGCCAUUUACCUUUGUAACCAAGGAGGUGGCUGAUGCGACUUGUGACUGCCUGCUUGCGCAGGCCGAGCAGGCUGAAAAGAUGGGCAAGUCAAAAGCAGCAGCGGAGCGCAUGAUCCUGGAGGAAUUUGGACGUUGUUUGAUGAGAGUCAUUAACUCAGCAGGAAAGUCCAAAAGUGACUCCUGUGCCAUGAACUGCUGA